AGCAGUGCAGUGGGCAGGACUCCUGGAAAUCUCUUCAGUCUAGAGGAAUCGUCUGCUGUUUUCCUAAACGGAAGACAUGCAGCCUACAAUUUUAAUCUGGAGGAAACAGACUACAGCAGUUAACAAGGCAUAGGAGAACUGUUUCCAGCCGCGACAACAGGAUUACAGCCGCCGGGCUGCUUUAUAGGGGCAAUUAUGAAGUGAAUCACCAUUGAACACUGAAUGACCGUUGAACACUGAAUCACCAUUGAACACUGAAUCACGAUUGAACACUUGCAACAUCGCUGCUGCUGUGCAAUCACCUGUCCAACGAAACAACCAGUUUACAUGGCGAGAAUUGUGACAUCUGUGACUCGGCUUUAAACAGGAAGUGUGUUGAAUUCGCCAGAAGUCUUGCAGCAACGUCAAGAAAGAGCCUGAAGUCAUGUCCUCCAACAAUGCUUUUAACAGCAACUUGCUGUUCCAGUCCAUCACAGAAGAUCUGAACGCGUCACUGGCCACGGCGGAUGAGCUCUCUCGUGAGUUCAGUUCCCUCCUGCAGGAUAUCUCCUCUAACGGCAAUGCAAGCUCUACAGCACAGAGCCCCAGCUCAAAACCACAGAACAACACCAGCUCAAGGCUACAGAACAACACCAGCUCAAGGCUACAGAACAACACCAGCUCCAUUCAGACUAGCACCAACACCAACAGUGGUUCCACUGUCAAUAUCAGCAGAGAUGCAGGUGGAAAUGCCCUGAAUAGAGGCACCAUGUCCUUCCCCCAAACCACAUCUCCCAUCAGAGUUUCAGAGCCUAGCAUUCGCUCAUCAGACUCUUUCUUUACCAGUGGUAGAGAAAAGACCUCCCCAAACCCACAGGUCUUUCAGUAUGCCUCUACUCAACCUCGAAACACUCGCACUGAACCUGUCUAUUCACAUGGAACGCUCACACCCCCAAAUCUGUCGCCGCGUACCCCACGCCGGGCAUCGCCACUCCCAACCAGGUCGCAUGAACGGAACUUGAGUGGCUCGUUCAACUUCGCUGAGCUCACACCUACCUUUAAAUAUGAGCAAACAUCUGUUCCUAGCAUGCUUCAUGUCCCAGUCAAUCCAAUGGCUUCACUUGACUCAUCCUCCAGUGGACGGAGAUCACCCAGGCUGGACAGAGUUCCCUCUCCUGGACCUUUCAGCCAACCGAUAGCGAGCACGUUGCCACGCAGUUUCACUCCAUUUAAAUCUACAGAUGAGAGUGUACCGCGGCAGAGCGGCCCGGCAAAAUGGAACGAGACGGACCUGGAUGUUUCGUAUGAAAGAAAACCGCACCACACAUACGACAAGAAUGAGUGGAUCAGACCUUCUGUCCCCAACAGCAACUGGAGAGAGUCCAAUCUGGAUUCACCCACUGUACCUCGAAAGGAUCCUGUGCCCCGUCAUCUCCCAUCAGGUGACGGGUCCUUGUCUAGAAACACCCGUAUCUCUGUGCCCCCUGAUCGUGCCUCACCCACCCAGUCAUCUUUCAACUCUCAGCCAAUCAUCUCUCGUGUCUCCAUCCCGCCUGCAUCAUCCGGGCACCGUCCACGUAGACCCAUCCCCCUGUCUGUCAUUAUGAGGCUCCAGAACCCAUACUAUACAGCAGCCACCAGAUAUCCAUAUGACAUAGAAGGCGAGCGAGAUCUCAGCAUGCCACGCCAGCCUAUGCCCCUGCCCCGAGAGUUUCUUUACCACUUUCAACCCAUCCUUCAAGAACAGAGACCGCCGGUCUUUUAUCCAGAAGCCCCCAAGUCAGGCUACGUGGAGCUGGUAAAAAUAAACUCCGGUAAUAAGCCGUCAGUGCUCCCAGAAACCCCGGCACCCUCAGCCGAGCCAAGCAAGGAGUCCAAAGUAGAGGUUAACACUGACGAUCCUGAUGUGGAAUCGGCUCCUCGACCCCUGAGCCCUACGCGCUUGCAGCCAGUGGUGGCCCCAGAAGCUCCCGUUGUCCCUGAUAUGGACAUGUUGCUCCAGAUCCGAGCUGAGAUCCCACGUGCCCUGAAAAAACGAGGCUCCGCCGACCCUUCCCAGAGCUUGAAGAAGAGGUCCGUCAUUCAGCCCAACCAGUACAAGCAGAUGAUUAAAAAAAUGUUCCACCGGAAUAAACCCCAAAUAAAGAGUGAGACGGGAAGCGAGAGCAGCUCCUCAGAUGGAGAGGAGAACACACCAUCGAUACCACACCCAGUUUCACCUGUCCUGAACACAACUCUUUCACCCCAGCAGAGGGGUAUUCAGUCAAUCCUGCGGAAGCCUAAAGGAAGUGGCGCAAAAGGACAGCGUGCUCGUCUCAGUCCUCUGGUGCUGCUGCUGGAUGGUGCUCUGGUUGGGGAGCUGGAAACGGUGCAGAGAGCCGUGCAGGAGAUGAGUGACCCGAGCCAGCCAAACGAUGAGGGCAUCACCGCCCUUCAUAAUGCUAUCUGUGGUGGACACUAUGCUGUAGUGGAUUUCCUCGUACGCAUUGGUGCCAACGUCAGCGCCCCAGACAGUCACGGAUGGACGCCCCUGCACUGCGCUGCCUCCUGUAAUGACAAGAACUUGUGUGAGUUUCUAGUGCGUAGUGGAGCAGCCGUUAUGGCCGUGACGGAGAGCGAUGGAGCCACGGCGGCGCAGAAGUGUGACCCGUACGCUGUCAGUUAUGAAGAGUGUGAGGGCUUCCUCAGAGGAGUGGAGGAAUCGAUGGGUGUCGAUAACAGCGGCGUUCUGUACGCUCUGUGGAGUUACCCGGCCCAGACACAUGAUGAGCUGAGCUUCAAGGAGGGAGACAUGGUGACCAUCCUGCAGAAACCCGAGGGAAUGGACUGGUGGUGGGCUUCGCUCUGCGGGCGAGAGGGCUUUGUCCCGAAUAAUUAUUUUGGGCUUUUCCCAAAGGUGCGUCCGAAAUCACUGUGCUAGACGUCCAUCUACAGGAAAAGCUCCCAUAUUACACCACAGAAUCACUACAAUACUCAGUUAUGUUUUUGUUUUUUUCUCCUGUAGUUAUUAUAUUUUCUUGAUUAUGCAAGUUAUAUCAAGGGCUUGGACAUAGAGGGGCUUAAGUCACAUUGUAGACAAAACUAGUAGAAAAAUAUCUAUCUAAAUCUCCUGACGGGUUUCGGCUGGAUUUAAUCCCAAAACUCCAAUAGAACAUAUGAGGGUUGAAUUUUGACAUUGUCUAUUAUAAUUAGUUAUGAAACGUAAUGGGCAUGUAUUUCAACCAGAACCAGAAGUAAAGCAAAUCUAGCAGUUUUAAAAUCAGGUUACUUGAAUGAAAAGGUGUAUUAUAUAUACGUGUAUUAGGUUUCAAAUGUAGACAAUGGAAUUGGAAUGAUAUGCAAUUCCAUUGUCUACAUCUGAAACCUAAUACACGUAUACAACAAUAUCGUAGCCAGAUUUAAAAGACUUGUAAGGAAAUGAGUUCUCACUUUGAUUAGCAAAUGUAUCCACACCGGUCUGUGCCUCAUCACCCGAGGUAAAAGUCACACCCGAAUAAAUAAAUAAAACACAUCGUCGUCUCCUCGCUGUUCACACUUACAUCAGUAUGGAAAUUAUCGCCGAUUACUUCAUCGCUUCUGUUGAGUAAGAUUCUUGUUAUUUUGUUUUUUGUUAGUUCACAUUUACACAUUUUUAAGUGCUUCUGAUGAUAACGUGAUGACAUUCGCGUGACAGGCAGUAUGUUAUAACGAUAUGAAAAUAAUUAGACUUCUAUCCAUUUCUCUAUGGCACAUAGCUAUCUAAUAAAUUAGCCUUGUGUGGAAGAUACACUUGGCUUUGCAAGGUUUUAGCCACAGCAAGGUGUAAUAAAUAAAUAUAUAUAUAUAUAUAUAUAUAUAUAUAUAUAUAUAUAGUUUUGGUCAAAUAUAUAGAAAAAAGUUUUUAUUUUGUCUACUUUCUACUGUUUACGUCUUUUGUGGCCAGAAUUCAGCUACAUUAAUAUCUGACAGGUUUUCCCAGACACCACACACACACACACACACACACAAAAUGUUUAAAUGUCUUCAAAUGUGAACUUUUUCUAUAUUAUAAAUGAUGGGCUGAGUAGCUGCAAUGCUAGUUACCUGAAGGUUUUGUGUUCAAAUCCCCUAAAUAACCUUUAGCUGCUAUGUUUGGAUUUGAUUUUUCUCCCAAGUGAAUGUAUAUGAUCAGUAUGAGAUCACAGCGAAUUAAAUCCUUGCCAUCUAUCAAAUUGGAUAGGAAUUGAUUCAUUUAUCAUCUCAGUAUUGGGUUUGGCUGUGAUUAUUGGUUUUCUGGUGUGAGUGUGUGUGUGUGUGUGAGAGAGAGAGAUUGUGCAUUAGCAUUAUAUAAAUGUAUCAUGAUCUGAUUUCUAUGUAUUAGAGAUACACUGAGUUCCUAUUAUUUACUACUCUAAUAACCAAUAAUCCAAAUUUUGUGUACAGGGCUUUUCUUUCUUCUCUGUUAUUUUAGUCAUCAUGUAAUGUUUCUCAUUAAUCCUGUACAGUAUUUUGUUUACAUUGCAUUUGUAAUAUCACCAUUCAUAUAAAGGAAUGCUUUGCUAUCACCUUACAUAUUAACUUCACCUCCAAGGGCUGUGUGUAAGAACGAAUCCCCAUUACAAAUAAUUAUGUUCUGCUAAUUGAGUGUGAUAUUAACGUAGUAUUUAAUGUGAUGUGUGUCUGUGUUAUUGUGUUUAGGGAGCGUGUGUGUGUGUGUGUGUGUGUGUGUGUGCGCAUGCGUGUAUCUAGCUGGCACAGGCUGUUACAUGAAAGUA